GGGGUGUGGAUCAUCAAUUAUUUAAAAACUGAACUUCUUUUAACAAUAUCCUUUUAACAAUAACAAGCUAAACAGCUUCCUGUCUGUCAUCUCCACACAUUCUCCGCUUAAAGAGAAAAACCUCCACCAACAUACACACAAGUUAGGAAGGUCAACAAUAAGCAGGCAGGAAAAUGUUAGAUAAAGGAAAUUCCAUUACGGGAAUUCCUAGCGUCAUGGUUUCGGGAAAUGUGGGAUAACCCUUCAGAGUCGCCUGGGUAUAUAAGAGUAAGACAACAGAGAGUCACAGCAUUCAAUCUGCCAUCUCAACAAAGGACCUUCUACUGAAAGAGUUCUGCCUGACAGUCAACAAUGAAACACUGCCUUGGACCGAUGAGAGCUCACGCUGUCUGCUUUUCAAGACCCCUAGGACUCACCACCAUACUUUUUUUGGCACUUGCACCAUGGACAGAAGUGCAUUCCUGGUCUUACCAUUACUCUAAUGAUACAAUGGACUGGAAUGCAGCUCGCGACUGGUGCAAGAGACAAUUCACAGAUAUGGUGGCCAUUCAGAACCAGGAGGAAAUCGUUCACUUGAUGAACAUACUGCCAUUCAAGAAAACCUACUACUGGAUCGGGAUCCGCAAAAUCAACAACGUGUGGACCUGGGUAGGGACCAAUAAAACGCUCACGGCAGAGGCGGAGAACUGGGCAGCAGGAGAGCCCAACAAUGGCGGGAAUAAUGAGGAUUGCGUGGAGAUUUAUAUCAAGAGGCAGGUCGACCAGGGAAAAUGGAACGACGAGUCCUGUUCAAAAUCGAAAGCAGCUUUAUGCUACACAGCCUCCUGCCAGGCUGAUUCCUGUAGCGGUAACGGGGAAUGUGUGGAAAUGAUCAACAGCCACAAGUGCCGAUGUUUCGAAGGUUUCAACGGAGACAAGUGUGAAACUGUGGCGCAGUGCAAGGUGGUGGAGCAGCCUUCUCACGGCUACGCCCUGUGCUCGCACCGUUUCGGAAACUUCACCUACGGCUCCACCUGCGAAUUCCGCUGUGAGGAGGGCUACAGCCGCGAUGGUUCUGCCACGACAAAUUGCACGGCCGCUGAGUCGUGGUCAGCGCCGUCCCCGAGCUGCAAAGUGAUGCAGUGUGAAGCACUGGUAGCACCCCCGCGUGGCUCCAUGAGCUGCACGCAUCCAUUGGGCGACUUCAGCUUCCGCUCGGAGUGCGAGUUCGACUGUGAGGAGGGGUACCAGCUGACCUCCUCCAGCACGGUGCAGUGUGGAGCGCAGGGGCAGUGGAGUGACAGGCAGCCUCAGUGUGAAGGUACGGCUCUUAGGGCUGCUGCUCAGUGUGAUUUGGUUAUAUAAUAAUGCAAACCUUAAAUCGCAGUGUAUUUCAAUGUGAUUCGUGUCAUAUUCAUUGUUUUGUCAGUAUAAUUUGAUCAGUAUUAGCAUUAU